UAUGCACACAAUUAGAAAUACUUAAUAUAGUCAUCACGACACAAUGUCCAAAUACGUCGCCUUAUCUUAGAGAAACUUCGUUGACACAAAUAAAUCUAGGGUUAACUAUAACUGUGGAAGAGAAUGUUCACGCAGGGAGCUUUUAUUUUCUUUGCAGUAUGCGCUUGUGCGUCCGUGCUGGCGCAGACGCCCAAGCCUGUUUGUAAUGACAUCAGCACGAGCGCGUGCCAGCUAAUGGCUGCCAGCCGUCCGGAUCUGUGUUCGGACCCGGCCAUCAGCCUGUCAGCCUGUCCGAGGUUCUGCAAAUUAUGCCCGCUGGAAUGCUACCACUGCAACGCCACUGUCUUGGAUUUUCACGAGUGUAACACCACCAAGCAGUGCAUGUCGGGCGAGGCUUGCAUGCUCAAGGAACUCAAGUCGUUUGUUGACGGCCAUCACGAGUACGAGAUGACGUGCGCACCCUCUGAGCACUGUGAUGGCGGGUCCGGGUUGUCCAUCGCAUUCGGUAGACGAGAGUUGGAGUCACGUGAUCUGACGGUCUCAUGCUGCUCAACAGACCACUGCAACUAUCCAGCUGGCGUGGCAACAACACCCAUUGUAACAGUAGGUACAGUGACCGGCUGCCCCAAGGACAUCGUGUUCCUGGUAGACGAAGGUUCUCGUGACCUACAUUCACAUCACAACGACAUCCUGCUAGGGCUUGCCACAGUGGUCAGCUCCAUACCGGUCGGCGUGAGCCAGAACCAGGUAGCGUUGGUUGCGUACAGUAACCAGGUGAGCCCAAAGUUUGACCUGGACGAUCACACCAACCAGGCCAGCCUGCUGCAGAGUCUUCAGAGCAGCAACAUCCUUAUUGGCAGAACUGUGGCGUCAGACGCAAGUGUCGCCAUUGAGUACCUUGUGCACACAGCGCUGAGCCCAUCUCACGGGGACCGCUCACAAUUUUCCAACACCGUGGUCAUCAUUACCGAUUCCGACAGCGGGCAAGGAACUAGAGUCACCGUCCAGGACCAUGCGGUGUUGGCGAGUCAGAGCAACAACGUUCUGGUGGUGAGCGUAGGGCGUCCACUGGGGCUUAAUAACCCUGUCGAGACGCUCGGAGAUACAGUCGUGCAUAUCAGUGGUUCCACCAACUUGUCAUCGGACCUGGCCGCUAAAAUCCUCGCAUUCUUGAAACGCUGUUAAUAGGUUUCUUUCAUAAUAAAAUUCAACAUGGC